UUGCAGUUACACAACUCUACCUCUCUAUUUUCAGGCCUUCCAAUUUAUGCGGCACCGUUCGAGAAUUCCUCGGUCGGUGUAGAUCGAACAGCAAAAAAUCAUAAUGGCGUAGUAUGUACAUCAAGAGAAUGUGUUACAAUAGCAGGUUUUCUAGCUGGGAACCUCAAUGAUAAGGUUGAUCCAUGUGAAGACUUCUACGAAUUCGCAUGUGGUAAUUAUGGUUUGAACCGGAAUCUUCCCGGCAACAAACCACUUCGUCAUACUAUCAGUGAUGUACAAAGUAGGCUAAACAAACAAGUGAAGAGUAUACUACAGUUGCCAAUUCUGGACACGGAAUCAAAGUGGGAUCGACUAGCCAAGGGCUACUAUCAGAAGUGCCUUGACGAAGAUGAAUUAGAAAGAACUGGCUUGACCGCUAUCAAAGAGAUCGUUGAUUGGGUUGGAGGCUGGCCAACGCUUCAAGGUUGUUUCCGUGAGAUACUCAUGAAUAGGAAGUGUUUCAAAAGAAAAAAAAGUGUUCCAGGAAGCAAUUGGAGAGAAUGGGACUACUCAUGGGAGCAACAGUUGGCGUUGUUGAUGAAUCGAACCGGUGUAAAUGCCGUCAUACUGGAACUGGCCGUCACUCAUGACCCAGCGAACAGCUCCAAUAGCGUAAUUGAGCUCGAUCAGCCAAAAUGGGGUGUCGGUUCUCGUUGGCCGUACCUGAUGGGCCCGGACGAUCCGAUGCUGAAAAACUACACUCAUCUGAUGACACUCACAGCAAUUGCCCUU